AUGAAGAAAGGAACCAUUCUUGUAACCGGUGCUAGUGUACGCAAUUCCCAAACUGUAUCUGCUCUCCAGAGUAGCUCUGAAGUGCCCGCUCGUCUUACUAACAUCAACUGCAUCCAGGGCGGUCUCGGAGUCGCACUUGCAUCUCAUGUUUCAACAGUCUAUCCGGCCUACCACGGCAUCUUCACGGUCCGCAACGCCUCCGCUCCCAAUGCCUCGCUAGAAGCAGCCAUUGGCCCCAACACGUCUCACGAGGUCCUAUCACUCGACUUGGGCAACAACGCCAGCAUUCGUGCUGCCGCGGCCUCCAUCAAUCAACGCGUCUCAUCCGGCGCCAUCCCCCCUAUCAGAGUGCUCGUCCUUAACGCCGGCUUCUUAGAGUUCGCAGAGCAGACAUACUCGAAAGACGGCUUCGAUAUGAGCUUCGCGGCGAACUACCUCGGUCACUUCCUCCUCACAUUGCUUCUCUUGGAGAGCCUUGCCAAAGAGCGCGGGAGAGUGGUUUGGGUAGGGAGUAACGUGCAUGACCCCUCUCGCCCGGGCAUCUCGGCGCGAAUCUACCCGGAUGAGAAGUGGCAAACGUUCAUGCGGGAUGGAACUGCGGAUGGGAUUGCCAAGGGGACGUGGAGCUCCAAGGAAGAUGACCCGACUUUCCGGAGCGGCUUCCGUAGGUACGGCGCAGCGAAGAUGUGUGUUGCCAUAUCGGUGUAA